AUGAGAAAUGUGAUGAGGUAUCACUUCGAACCGACUAUAAAUCAAACCUUUCUGAGAUACUCCACGAUCAAAAUGUUGUUGAUUUGGAGAGAAGACUGAUCACACGUCCUGCGACCUCAACAAUUCGAAGACCAUGUCUCUUUGGUACUCAAACACUCAGUCAUCAACAAUCCGAGGAGGAGAAUGGUGACCAUGGAAGCGCCUCAGUUAUGAGCGAUUACAAUUGCUGCAGUCUUGAAACUGCAGUCAUGAAACCAGAGUAUCAUUCUGUUGGAGUGAAAGUAGGUGGAACAGCUUCACCUCGUAGUGAAGGUGGACCAACAAUUCGAUGCAAUUCUGUCGACAAGUAUGACUGGAAUGCAAUGAUCGCAGAAUCACAUGUGAUUUCUCCCCGGGUGUUCCAGACACUGGACUAUCACAGAGCAACAGAAGUGGUUUCAACAG